AUGUCAUCACAGUACAAGGGUGCCAACCACGACUUGCAGCGGCAUCUAUUAAUAGGGAAAUGCCGUAAUUGGGCUUUUAUAAGGAAAUUACUAGUUCCCCAACAGUUCAAAAUCGUCUCUGGCGCCGGUGAAAUCGAGCACCUUCUCCUUUAUCUUGGAGCCCUGGGCCCAUGUGAUGUGGUCCUCCAGCUCUCUCGUGACAUGGUAAGCUGGGUUGUUCACUAUGUCAAGCCCGACCUUAAUGUGCCCUUGCUCUAUGUAGGUGAUAGCCUGCUUGAGAUGUUCGCAAAACUUGCGCUGUACGAGCACCGUGGCCAGCCGACGCCUGCAGAAAACGCUGGCUGCCAGGCGCUCGCACAGCUCCAGGUUGCCGCGUACACUUAUCAGACCCAUCUGAUACCUACGUAG